GUGGUCCGUUUCCGAAAGUGUCCCCCCAGUGCGGCUGCUCCAGGUCGGGCUUUCAGGUAUUCUUCCAGAUUGAAAUGGCGUCCAGAGGAAAGACAGAAACUAGCAAGUUAAAGCAGAAUCUCGAAGAACAGCUGGACAGACUGAUGCAGCAGCUGCAGGAUCUGGAGGAAUGCAGAGAGGAACUUGAUGCAGAUGAAUAUGAAGAAACCAAAAAGGAAACUCUGGAGCAGCUAAGCGAAUUUAACGAUUCGUUAAAGAAAAUUAUGUCUGGAAACAUGACAUUGGUGGAUGAACUAAGUGGAAUGCAACUGGCAAUCCAGGCAGCUAUUAGCCAGGCCUUUAAAACCCCAGAAGUGAUCAGAUUGUUUGCAAAGAAGCAGCCAGGGCAGCUUCGGACAAGGUUAGCAGAGAUGGACCGAGAUCUCAUGGUGGGGAAGCUGGAGAAAAGCCUGUAUACGCAACAGAAAGUGGAGAUCCUGACGGCACUUCGGAAACUGGGGGAGAAGCUGACAGCAGACGACGAGGCCUUUUUGUCCGCAAACGCAGGAGCUGUCCUCAGCCAGUUCGAGAAAGUCUCCACAGACCUUGGCUCCGGAGACAAAGUUUUUGCUUUGGCAAGUUUUGAGGUGGAAAAAAGCAAAAAAUGACAUGGUGUGAAAGCCUGGGACUUGAAGGACAUUUUUAUCUUAAAUGGCAUUUUUGGGGGGAUCUGAGGUGGAGCAAAAACAUCAUGAUUGAAGCAUAGCCCUGAGACAAGGUGACAGACACACAGCCGAGAGACCCAGAUCCUGCCACCGCCCCAUCAUCAAGCUCUGGUCUGGGCUUGUUGGACGGACUCACUGCACCUUGCUCUUGAUGGUUUGUCUGAGAGAACAGAAAAUCAGUUUAUCUGCCUGUUUGUAUUAAGAACUCCUUAACUUUUUCUUUACUCUUU